CCUGACAAGUUUGGGAUCAAGUUUUGGGUGGCCUGCGACCUAAAAUCCAAGUACAUUUGCAAUGUCCUCCCAUAUCUUGGCAAGGACCCCAAUCGUCCCAGUGGGGAGAGACUGUCUGAAAAUGUAGUGAUGAGGCUGAUGGAACCAUUCCUAGACAAGGGCAGAAAUGUUACCACGGACAAUUUCUUCACAUCGCUUUCACUUGCGCAAAAAAUUCUUAGAUGGAAAACCACCAUCCUCUGCACAGUCAACAAGAUUCGCCGGGAAAUUCCUCAAUCCGCUAGAUACAGAGAUCGCAAUGAAUUCACCACUCAGGUGUUUUCAACCUCUGUUGCCACGCUGACGGCGUAUGCGGCCAAACGGAAGAAGACAGUCUAUAUUCUUAGCAGCAUGCACAGCGUGGUUCAGACUGAUAACACCACCAAAAGGAAGCCAAACACUGUCACCCUUUACAACACCACAAAGUGUGGCGUGGAUGUGAUGGACCAGAUGGUGCGGGAGUACACGGUCCGCAGAGGAACAUGGCGCUGGCCAGUUGCCGUGUUCUAUAACAUGAUUGACAUGGCAGCACUGAAUGCACAUGUGCUGUAUCAAGCAUGCACCGGGACGCAGGAAAGACGGGUGGACUUCCUGGUGGAGCUUGCAAGAGAGUUGGCUUACUGUCGUAUAGCUGGGAAGAAGGCAAGAAAAGAACAGUUGCUUCGGACACAACCCUCCACACCUAGCCCUGGAAAAAGAGCCACGUGUCAGGUCAAACACAAAUGCAAGAACAAUCAUGCCACUGUGCGAUGUGUUCACUGCUACAGAUACACAUGUAGUAAAUGCAGACUACAGAUACCAUGGCAGUGCCAGGGUUGUGAGUGAUUGAAAUGUACUCACUCACUUAUUAUCUGUAAAUAUGUGUACAAAUGGUUGUUUUUGUAGAAAUUUUUUUUGUUUUGUUUUUUUUGUACUGUUUUUAUCAAUAAAUCUUUUGGAGAUUUAUUUUCCUGGAUGAUUGAAAAUGCAUCAAGACGAACACAAAAUGAAGUUCACAGCUUUUAGCAGUUCCCCCUCCCCACACACAAACAAAGAGGCAGUUGGCAGUUAGAAAUCAGCAAUCAUUCACACACCCCCACUCCCCUCCACAAUUCUCAGGUAACGACCCAAUUUACAUAUGAAUUGAUGCUAACAGACUAGCCAAGUUAGCUUUCACUUGGCUGACAGAGGGUUAGAAAAGCCUGGGACUUCUAGUGUUA